AUGGCUGUGGAUGAAAUAGAAGCAGCCAACAAUCAACACAUUUUCCAAGAAAAUCGAGCUCGCAAUGAAAUUGUGAGGAAUCUUUUCGAUCCAUUGGAAUCGUUGACAGAUGCAGUUUUUAGAGAGAGAUUUCGAUUAACGAAACCAAUAGCAUUAUGGUUGAUCAGAAGAAUCACUCCCUUAUUAAACGAUGAAGGUGCUACGCCAACAAUCCCCAAAAGAACCCAGUUGAACACACUGCGAUUUUAUGCAUCGGGGUCUUUCCAAAUGUGCAUCGGUGACAUGAAAUACUUUUGAGUAUCACAACCCAUCGUCAGUCAAAUAAUUGCCAAUGUAACAGAGGUAAUCGUUACAUUAACUGACGAGUUUAUCCAAUUCCCUCAAACUCAUCAGAAAUUGGAAGAGAUUUCCCAAGGAUUCGAGGCGGAGUCACGUUUCCCUGGAAUCAUUGGAUGUAUUGAUUGCACCCACAUUGCUCGGCAUGGACCGGUUGAGGAGCCAUGGAGUUAUAAAAACUACAAAGGUUUUUAUUCCAUCAAUGUCCAAGCAACAUGUGAUCAUAAAUUACGAAUCACAUCCAUCGAUGCAUAUCCUGGAAGAGUGCACGAUGCCAGGAUAUGGCGACAAUCAGAUGUGAAAGAAGCUGUGCAAACAAUGAGUGAUGAAUAUGAUAGCAGAUACUUUUUAUUGGGUGAUGCUGGAUACCCUCUGUCACCAAUAAUUAUGACCCCGAUAGUUGAUGCAGCAGAAGGUACUCCAGAGUAUAGAUAUACCAGACGACAUACACACACGCGAUGUGCGAUUGAGCGAGUCUUUGGAAUGUUAAAAGGACGAUUCCGGUGUUUGCAUAAAGACAGUCUUGUUAUUAAACUAUGA